ACCGCUGAUAAAUGAUGGGUGGAAGCGUCCUCUGGUUCCGCCAUGGCUUGCGGCUGCACGACAACCCGGCCUUGCACGCCGCUCUGGAGGAUCAUACUGUCCCGUUCUACCCUAUAUUCAUCUUCGAUGGUGAGACAGCAGGAACGAAGCUGGUGGGUUACAAUCGCAUGCGCUACUUGCUGGAAGCCCUGGACGACCUGGACCAGCAGUUCAAGCGGCACGGCGGGCGGCUGAUCAUGCUCAAAGGGCAGCCCAACGUGGUGUUGCGGAGGCUCUGGGAGGAGUUUGGCAUCCGCAAGCUCUGCUUCGAGCAAGACUGCGAGCCGGUAUGGCGCGCCCGCGACAACAGCGUGAAGCAGGCGUGUCGCGAAAUCGGCGUGACCUGUCACGAACACGUGUCGCACACGCUCUGGGAACCCGAUACCGUCAUCAAGGCAAAUGGAGGGAUACCACCACUCACCUACCAGAUGUUCUUGCAUACCGUAGCAACGAUCGGAGACCCGCCUCGGCCGGUCGGGGAUUUAGAUCUGAGCGGCGUCAGGUUCGGCACGUUGCCAGAGUGCUUUUACAGCGAGUUCACCGUCUUUGACAAGACUCCUAAGCCGGAAGACUUCGGGAUCCACCGGGAAAACGAGGACAUUCGGAUGAUCCGCUGGGUCGGAGGGGAGACCACGGCGCUUAAGCAGAUGAAACAGCGCCUAAGCGUGGAGUACGAGACAUUUUGCAGGGGCUCCUACCUGCCGACCCACGGCAGCCCUGACUUGCUUGGGCCGCCCAUCUCUUUGAGUCCGGCGCUACGGUUCGGCUGCCUGUCCGUCCGGAGUUUCUACUGGGCCAUCCAGGACCUGUACCGGCAAGUGCACCAAGGCCGUCUUCCGUCCAACCAGUGCAUAACAGGGCAGCUCAUCUGGCGAGAGUACUUCUACACGAUGAGCGUGAACAACCCGCAAUACGGGCAGGUGGCAGGCAACCCUAUCUGCUUGGACAUCCCGUGGAAGGAACCCAGCGGUGACGAGCUCGAGAGCUGGAUGGAAGGCCGCACCGGGUUCCCAUUCAUCGACGCGGCCAUGCGGCAGCUCCGCAUCGAGGGCUGGCUCCACCACGCCGUGCGGAACACCGUGGCCUCGUUCCUCACCCGGGGCACCCUCUGGCUGUCCUGGGAACACGGGCUGAACCACUUCCUCAAGUACCUGCUGGACGCUGAUUGGUCCGUCUGUGCCGGCAACUGGAUGUGGGUAUCCUCCAGCGCUUUCGAGGCAUUACUGGACUCCGGAGAAUGCGCGUGCCCCGUCCAACUCGGACAGCGACUGGACCCGAGCGGCGAAUAUGUUCGCCGCUACGUGCCCGAGCUCACUAACAUGCCGCCGCUCUACAUCUACGAGCCAUGGAAGGCGCCCAUCGACGUGCAGGAGCGCGCCAAGUGCGUGAUCGGGCAGCACUACCCAGCGCCCAUCGUCAACCACUUGGCCGCCGCGCAACGCAACCGGAACGCUAUGCAGGAGCUUCGUCAGAUGCUUCAAAAGGCGCCGCCGCACUGCUGCCCGUCGUCCGAAGACGAAAUUCGCCAGUUCAUGUGGCUGCCCGACGACACGUACGUGCAGGCCACCACUGCUUAACAACCCAAGGAAUAAGGUCCUAAAUCGCGUGGCA